AUGUCAGAUAGAGUUCUGCAAUAUGUUAUUGCUGACCUUCGACCCUUGAUCUUGCCCAAACUCAAAGCGGAAGCCGAUAUCCAGAUACGAGGGAGUUCAUCCGGCAAGAAGUCAUCUGUCGAAACGCACAGAGGAGACUCAUACCAAUUCUGCUACUUCUUUCGACCGAUAGAGCCUCUUUCCCUGGUUUUAAAGCACCGUCGAUAUGUUGCAACCCCGGCACCCCCCAAGCGCGAGAUUUCAGCAACAAGGGCUGCGGGUAAAAGAAAGGUAUCGAGCGCCAAAGAGACCUCUACCAGAAAGCGGCAGCGGAAAGACCAAGGACAUAAUUCAGGCGAUGCAAUGGAUGAGGACGACCCAAUAGAAAUUUCCGAGUCCGAUGAUGAUAUGUAUGCUCCUAAUGAAGAUGACUCUGACGACUCUAUGGGCGGAAUCCCCGAGUUCAACCAGAGUGCAUUCAAUGUGGAUGAAGAGGAAGAGAAGCCAAAACCACAGCUUCGGCUGACUUAUCAAGGCUUUAACAUAUCGGGCCACUGUCUCUGUGUCGUGGUUGAGCCAUGGCCCCCUGUUAAAGGUGGAAAAGGAAAGGUGACAGGCCAAGUUGCUGCAUUGGCCGAGCAGUCGAGGCUUUCCGUCCCUCCUCAGCCCGUCCGACAGUCGAGGGGUGAAACACCUUUGUUUCUCCCUGAAGAGGAAGAGAACGAUGUCCGGGCUUUGGUAGAUUCACCCAACCUCUAUGCCUUCGACGACGAUUCAGACUCGGAUCCAUCUGGUGACAUGAUGUCAUUCAGCCAGGCCCUCAACAAUGCCGGGGACUCUCGGCCAGGGGCAGUCGGAGAUGACGACGAGAUGGAGGGAGCGGUGUUGUUCGCAGACGCCGACGAAAUUAAAGAGUUGUGA